AUGGCCUCCUCUUCCCUGCCGCAGUCGAUGCCCGCCAUCCAGAUUGCUAAGACCGGCGACCCCUCCGUGCUGGCUCUCAACACGGCUCCCGUCCCGGCUGUCCCCGAGGGCCAUGUCCUCGUGCGCAACGCCUACGCCGGCAUCAACUACAUUGACACCUACUUCCGCACAGGUCUCUACCCCAUCCCUGGCAACGAUUUCCCCUACACUCUAGGACGAGAAGGCGCCGGCACGGUCGCUGCUGCACACCCCUCGGUGGCCUCCAAGUUCCCCAACGGCACGCGUGUCGUCUACAUGGGAUCCGUCGGUGCCUACGCAAGCUACUCUGCCGUGCCCGCCGCCCUGGUCGUCGUCAUCCCCGACAACCUGUCCCUCGACGCGGGCGAGGUCAAGUCUGGCGAGUGGGCUCUCGUUCACGCCGCGGCUGGUGGUGUCGGUGGACUGCUCGUGCAGAUGCUCAAGGCCGUCGGCGCUCGCGUCAUCGCUACGGCGAGCUCCGAUGAGAAGCUCGCUGCUGCGCACGCCAAGGGCGCCGAGUUUGGCGUCAACUCGAAGAGCGCUAACCUCGUCGAGGAGGUGAAGAAGAUCACCGGUGGCCAUGGUGUUGAUGUCGUGUUUGACGGCGUCGGCAAGACGACCUUUGACGGUGACGUCGAGAUGGCGGCGCGCAAGGGACGGCUUGUCGUCUUUGGAAAUGCUUCUGGCGCCGUGGACCCCGUCAACAUCCUCCGUCUCGGCGGCAAGAACCUCAAACUCAUGAGACCUGUGGUCAACGGCUACCUAGCCGAGCGCGAGGAGCUGGAAAGGUACGGCAGCGAAUUGUUCGAGAUGCUGACGUCUGGCAAGGUCGAGGUACCAGUGUACAAGACAUAUCCUCUGGCAGACGCGUCCCAGGCCCACAUUGACCUGGAGUCGAGGAAGACAUCCGGCAAGCUCCUGCUCAAGAUUGAUUGA